AUGACCUUCAGUAAAAUACUUAUUGCGAAUCGUGGUGAAAUAGCAUGCCGAGUUAUACGUACUGCACAGCGUCUUGGUCUUCAAUCGGUUGCCGUAUUUUCAGAUGCUGAUCGGGAUGCAUUACAUGUUCGAAUGGCUGAUGAAGCCAUUCAUAUAGGUCCACCACAAGCUCUUCAAAGUUAUUUACGUAAAGAUAAAAUAAUCGAAGCUGCAAAACGAACCAAUGCACAAGCUAUUCAUCCAGGUUAUGGUUUCCUAUCGGAAAAUUAUGAAUUUUGUACCAUGUGUAAAGAAAAUAAUCUUAUAUUUAUUGGUCCACCACCAAAUGCGAUUCGUGAUAUGGGUAUUAAAAAUUUAAGUAAAAUUAUCAUGCACGAUGCAAAUGUACCUGUUAUAUUUGGUUAUCAUGGUGAUGAUCAAUCAGAAGCGACAUUGACUAGUGAAGCAAAAAAAAUUGGUUAUCCUAUUAUGAUUAAAGCUGUAAGAGGUGGUGGAGGAAAAGGUAUGCGUAUUGCAUUUAACGAAGGUGAAUUUUUGGAUAAACUCAACGCUGCUAAAUCUGAAUCAAGAAAAUCGUUUAAUGACGAAGCAGUUUUACUCGAAAAAUUUAUUCAACGUCCACGUCACGUUGAAGUACAAGUAUUUGGUGAUAUGCAUAAAAAUUAUGUUUAUUUAUUCGAACGAGAUUGUAGUGUCCAACGAAGACAUCAAAAAAUAAUUGAAGAAGCACCAGCGCCUGGUCUUGAUUGGUCAACACGAAAAAAAUUAGGUGAAGCAGCCGUAAAAGCCGCUCGAGCAGUUGGCUAUGUCGGAGCCGGAACAGUAGAAUUUAUUAUGGAUGAAAACCAAGAAUUUUAUUUUAUGGAAAUGAAUACACGCUUACAAGUUGAACAUCCAAUAACAGAAAUGAUUACGGGUACUGAUCUUGUUGAAUGGCAAAUAAAAGUUGCUCAAGGUGAAGUUCUCCCGAUGAAACAAGACGACAUCAAAUUGAGAGGACAUGCAUUUGAAGCACGUAUUUAUGCUGAAGAACCCGAAAAUGAUUUUAUGCCCGGUAGCGGUCGUUUGAGUUAUUUACGAACGCCACCCACUGGCGAAGAUGGUAAAAUUCGUGUCGAAACUGGUGUUAUCGAAGGUGAUGAAGUAUCUGUACAUUAUGAUCCAAUGAUUGCUAAGCUAGUUGCUUGGUCAUCAAAUCGAACAAGUGCAUUGCAAAAACUUCGUCAUGCGCUACAACAGUAUUACGUUGGUGGAUUGAAAACAAAUAUUCCAUUUUUAAUGUCUCUUUGCGAUAAUGCACAAUUUCAAUUAGGAAAUGUUCAUACGGAUUUUAUCAAAGAAAAUAAAGAUGUUUUAUUUCAUGUACAACAAAUAACUCCAAGUUUAGCCGUAGCUGCUGCUUCGACUUAUAUUCAAUCUCAGCUAGGAUUAAAAUAUAAUACAGACGGUGCGCCAUCAUUUUUUUCAACACAUAACAAUUCAUUUCGUUUAAAUUUUCAACAAAAAGAAUCCUUAACAUUAAUCUAUGAUAACAAAAAUUAUCAAUUUCAAAUCGAACGUAUUAGUAAUUCGAAUUUACUUGUUACUUACGACAAUAAAACGUAUCCUGUUGAAAUUCGCUCAUCGACCGAUGAAGUUGUUCUUCUCAUUGAUGGCCAUCAAUUUCGAUGUCGCGUUCAUAUCGAUGGUGAUACAUGUACAUUCUAUUCGAAUGUCAGUCGGGCUUCGCUUGAUUUUAAACUACAGCAACCAUCAUUUCUUGCUCAAAUUGCUUCGUCUGGCCUAGGCGCUGCAGCUGGUGAUCCCGUCGCACCAAUGCCAGGUCUUAUCGAUAAAAUACUUGUUGAAGAAGGUACCGCUGUAACAAAAGGACAACCUUUAUUAAUAAUGACUGCGAUGAAAAUGGAACAUGUUAUUAAAGCAUCAAAGGACGGUAUUAUUGCAAAAGUGAACGCAACAGUCGGGAAAGUGGCUAAAAAAGGCGAAAUUCUAUUAACAUUCGUUGCUGACGACAAAAAAUAA